CACAACUUCAAAGUGUAUGCAGCUUCAAGAAAAACCAGAAAAAAAUCAACAACAACAACUAAAACCAUCAGCAGUGUCUUUUACAGCGUUUCUUGCAAUUUAUUUGUUCGGACUUGUAAUUUGUAUACCGACUUCAUUGUUAAUUUGGUUCGUUAGACGUCGUUUAUUCAAAGAAACAAAAGUUGCAGGGUCAUGCGUGUUAUCAUCAUCCACCCAGAACAAUGGAAUGGCGGGUCGGACCGCUGCACUAUCGGGUUUCUUCGACAUUUCGUCCAAGCCGGACAUCAGGUCGCUUGGUUAACAACAAUGAUUGAUGAUUAUUGGGCAGAUGAGGAAUUCAAAGGAGUAGAAAUUCAUGAAGUUCGUCUCCCGCUACAUCCUGGAGAUUGGUUUUCACAAAAUAUAGCACUUGCGUAUCACAUAAUUUUUCGCACGAAACUGAAACCAGAUUUAAUUGUUGCUGAUCACAGUGCGUCGUGCGUUCCGAUAUUAAAAUGGUGGUUUCCAAAGGUACACGUAAUGUUCUACUGCCAUUUUCCCCAACAAUUGGUUCGAAAUCUCACAAUUAAAAAAUACUUAAAUUCACUCUUACAGGUAACACCAAAUCGCUUUUUUCUGUAUCGUUGGUACUCGGCAUGUAUGGGCCUUAUUGAAGCUCACAUGUGUGAAUAUGCAGCCAAAAACUUUCAAACUGUAAUGCCCAGCAUACCCAAAGAGAAACUGCGCGUGAUUUAUCCUCCUUGUGAUGUUGAUUCACUGAGCGUUGUGUCACGUCCAAUUUCACGCAAACAUCGGAUGCCUAAUGAACGCUACCUAUUUCUUUCAAUGAAUCGUUUCUGGCCAGAAAAGCGUUUGGACAUAAUUUUGGACGCAGCUGUUCAAUUGAAAAGCUUUGGACUUAAUCCACUUAUACAAAUGGCUGGGUCUGUAAUGCCGCACAUUCCGGAGUCUAAGAUUUACUACGAAUUGUUGAAGGAACAAUGUAAAAAAUACAAUUUGGAGGACAUUAUUGAAUUUAUACCUGAUCCAAACGAUGAGAAAAAAUUCGAAUUGUACAGCCAAUGCGAUUCUGUAAUCUACACACCACCCAAUGAACAUUUUGGUAUUGUCCCAAUUGAAGCCUUAGAGCAACGUCGUCCAGUUAUUGUUAUUGACAGUGGUGGGCCCUCAGAAACAGUCAUUGAAGGAGUGACAGGAACCAAGGUGAAUUAUUGCUGUUUUCUAAAAUUUGAUAAAAUAAUAAAAAAAAAGAUUUCUGAUACCGAUGGAAUAAAGUUGGCCGAGGCAAUGGUUGAACAUAUGGAAUCCAAGGAGUGGAUCAAUUUGGAUGAUGAUGCUCAUUAUGUUAUGCAGCGUGCUCGCUUCGAAAAACACUUUAGCUUGAAUGGAUUUGGACAAAACAUCGACAAAGCAGUCACAAAAAUAUUUGGCAAAGAUAUGAAUGUAAAUAAUGAAGAAGAGCAGCAAAUAAUGGAAGCGGUUAAAAUCUAA